ACCGCACGCGUCACUGAGAGAGCCAUGGCCGCCUGCGUGCCCCGUAACUCGCGGCUUCUCCCCGCGUUCUGCGCGACCCUCUUCGCGGCGGUUCUGCUCUCCUCCCGAAGCUCCUCCGCCUUCUCCCUCCUGCCGAAGACCUCACCGGGAGGACGCAAUGGCUCCUCCGUGGUCCCGCUGGUCAUGUGGCACGGCAUGGGUGACAGCUGCUGCAACCCGCUUAGUUUGGGCAGCUUUAAGAAGAUGAUAGAGGGAAAAAUUCCCAACAUCUACGUGCUUUCACUUAAGAUUGGAGAUAGUAUGCUGCAGGAUGUGACCAAUGGCUUCUUCAUGAACGUGAAUGACCAGGUGGACUUGGUUUGUCACAUGUUGCGCAAGGACCCUAACCUGCAUAAUGGAUACAAUGCCAUGGGCUUUUCCCAAGGAGGCCAGUUCCUGAGAGCGGUUGCGCAGCGCUGCCCAGACCCUCCCAUGCGGAAUCUCAUCUCGGUGGGAGGGCAGCACCAGGGAGUCUAUGGAUUUCCAAAGUGCCCUGGUGCGGAAUACCACUUGUGUGACUACAUAAGAAAGCUGCUCAACAAGGAAGCAUACCAGCCGCAGAUCCAGAAGAUGAUUGUCCAAGCUGAAUACUGGCACGACUCGCUGAAUGAAGAGCUCUACAUUAACAACAGUGUGUUCCUGGCCGACAUUAAUCAGGAGAGGGUUGUCAACCCAUCGUACCGUGAAAACUUGAAGAAACUUAACAAGUUUGUGAUGGUUAUGUUUAACCAGGAUCAAAUGGUUGAACCAAAAGAGUCAGAGUGGUUUGGCUUCUACAAGCCCGGACAGGCGGUGGAAAUCUACAAGCUGCAGGACAGCUCCCUCUACACAGAGGAUCGCUUGGGGCUCAAGGAGAUGGACCAGGCUGGGAAGCUCGUGUUUCUGUCAUCCGACACGGACCAUCUGCAAUUCACUGACGAGUGGUUUGAUGAAAAUCUAUUGUCCUACCUGAAAUGAAGAUGAGACAAAUAUGAUGCGGGGGGUGUGAAUAUUUUUUUCUGAGAAUGUAAAAUUGCGGUAGGCUGGUGGGUUUUUUUAUUAUUAAAUAGGGGUUUUCUUGUUGUUUUCAUUGCUUCUAAUAAAAUGUGUCACUUGGGUAGUUGUAAGUAUUUUCAUGCUAUACACUUAUGUGGUUUAUACUCUUGGGUUUUUUCGGUCAAGUCACGUAGGUAAAAAAGAAAAUGAAUAUAUUAAAUUACGAUGUUUCGGAGGCAACACAAGCUUCCGUCUUCAGGUGGAACCGUCACAGCAAAUUUACUGGAAAAUUAUGGACCCUAGAAUUAACUUACGUGGUUUGUUGUGGGGGUACCGUUCACACUUUUGACAUCUAUGGAACAAGUAAACAAGCCAAUCUUUAAAUGGUAAUUACGCACUUUAUAAUAGCAUAUUGCUUUAUUUUGCUUAUAUACAUUCAUAUGAUGAACAAUUUUUGACACAUUGUAUCACUAUGUUCUGCUUAACGUUGGUAAAGCUUCAGAUGUAUAAAAUAACAGCACGUAUGUUUAAAUUUGCACUGAUAUAGAAGGAUUAAAUAUUGCAAGUACCGUGUUAACAUUUAAUAGCUGCGCUCAUAAUACCUAUAUAUCCAAACUUACUGCAAUAGAUUGACGAACAGGUAGUUUUUAGUCAGGUAUCAGUCUAUGCAUCCAGUAGCGUUACACAGUUUACAAAGGUAAAGGGGUAGCCCUGCAGUUAGUUGCCCACACCACUGCUGCUGGAAUGGCCUUGCAGUAUCUUAAUUUAAAACUUAGUAUUUACCCAUUUAGAGGGAAGGGGGGCAGCAUUAUCUUGCAAUGAUUUCCCAUGCAAAGCUGGAGCAACACUUGCCAAUAAAAUGUUCACAAAAAAUGUUGAAA